CCGAGGAGCUGGACGCCGGGCCGCGCCGGGCCGCGGGCGCGAUGCCGUGCGGGGAAGACUGGCUCGGGCGGCCGCUGGGCGUCGUGCAGGGCUGCUUCGCCCAAAAUGGAGUGAAUCCUGACUGGGAGAAGAAAGUGAUUGACUUCUUUAAGGAAAAGCUGAAGGAAAAUAAUGCUCCCAAAUGGGUCCCAUCAUUAAAUGAAGUUCCUCUGCAUUAUUUGAAACCGAACAGUUUUGUAAAAUUCCGUUGCAUGAUUCAGGAUAUGUUUGACCCUGAGUUUUACAUGGGCGUCUAUGAGACGGUUAAUCGAAACACGAAAGCACGAGUUCUUCAUUUUGGAAAAUACAGGGAUGUUGCAGAAUGUGGGCCUCAACAAGAAGUUGAUUUAAACUCUCCACGAAUGACCACAUUGGAAAGACAAACUUUCUAUUGUGUACCAGUGCCUGGGGAGUCCACGUGGGUAAAAGAAGCCUACGUUAAUGCAAACCAAGCUCGAGUCAGUCCUUCGACAUCCUAUACCCCCAGUCGCCACAAGAGGAGCUACGAGGAUGAUGAGGAGAUGGACCUUCAGCCCAGUAAACAGAAGGACCAGCAUGCAGGUGCCAGGCAAGCAGGGAGUGUUGGUGGUCUCCAGUGGUGUGGAGAGCCCAAACGCCUAGAGACGGAAGCUUCCACUGGACAGCAGCUGAACUCUCUGAACCUCUCUUCCCCUUUUGACCUGAAUUUCCCACUACCAGGAGAGAAAGGCCCUGCAUGCCUUGUAAAGGUUUAUGAAGACUGGGAUUGUUUCAAAGUGAAUGACGUCCUGGAGUUGUACGGCAUCCUCUCUGUGGAACCUGCACUCAGCGUUCUCAACAGCGAUGAAAGGGAUGCCUCUUCCCUCCUGGACCCUAUGGAGUGCACAGACACUGCCGAAGAACAGAGAGUGCACAGUCCUCCUGCUUCCUUGGUGCCGAGAAUCCACGUGGUGUUAGCCCAGAAGCUGCAGCACAUCAACCCACUGUUGCCCACCUGCCUUAACAAAGACGACAGCAAACCCUUUGUCUCCAGUUUCAUGUCAGAGUUGUCUCCAGUCAGAGCAGAACUGCUGGGAUUCCUCACUCAUGCCCUUCUGGGCGAUAGUCUGGCUGCCGAAUAUCUAAUACUGCAUCUCAUCUCCACAGUAUACACAAGAAGAGAUGUUCUUCCACUAGGAAAGUUUACUGUCAACUUAAGUGGUUGUCCAGGGAAUAGUACCUUCACUGAGCACUUGUAUCGGAUCAUUCAACAUCUUGUUCCAGCAUCUUUUCGCCUCCAGAUGACGGUGGAGAACAUGAACCGUCUCAAGUUUACCCCGCACAAAGACUAUGUGGCCAAUCGCUUGGUCAGUGGCCUCCUGCAGCUCCCCAGCAACACUUCUCUGGUCGUGGAUGAGACGCUCUUGGAGCAAGGGCAGCUCGACACCCCAGGUGUUCACAAUGUGACUGCUCUCAGCAACUUGAUAACUUGGCAGAAGGUGGAUUAUGAUUUUAAUUACCACCAAAUGGAAUUUCCCUGCAAUAUUAAUGUUUUGAUUACCUCAGAGGGACGAUCACUUCUGCCGGCAGACUGCCAGGUGCACCUGCAGCCACAGCUGAACCCUCCCAACAUGGACGAGUACAUGAGCAGCCUUCUCUCGGCCGUGCUGCCCUCCGUGCUGAACAAGUUCCGCAUUUACCUCACCCUUUUGAGGUUCCUGGAUUACAGCAUAUCUGAUGAGAUAACCAAGGCAGUGGAAGAUGACUUUGUGGAAAUGCGCAAGAAUGAUCCUCAGAGCAUCACUGCUGACGAUCUCCACCAGCUGCUGAUCGUUGCUCGGUUUCUGUCUCUCAGUGCUGGUCAGACAACACUGUCAAGAGAGCGGUGGCUUAGAGCAAAGCAGCUUGAAUCUUUACGAAGAAGCAGGCUCCAGCAGCAGAAAUGUGUCAACGGAAAUGAACUUUAAAUAUCUGGUACCCAGGAAAGAGUUAAGGACAAACGGUAGCCACAGUAUUGUAAAUUCAGUCAUCAUUUAUACCACAUUGUUUUAUAGAUAAUUUGUAUCAAAAACAAAUGACUUUUCCUGAAAUCAAGCCUGGUAACAUCUGAAGUUUAUAUUCUAUUCAGUAAGGACUUUUACCUUACUGAUUUUAUGGAGUUUUGGAGUUUGUUUUGUAAUUAUAUAAAUUAGUAACAAUGUACAAAAAUGUAUUUGAUAUUAAAAAGUUUAAUAUUGAUAA